GUUUUGUCGCGCAACGCCAUUUGAAGGCACGCCCGAUCAGGUCAACAAAAUGAUGGGAUAUUUUGGGACUGAAGACGCGUUCUAGCAGCAGCUUGUUCCUUGUGUGGGGAAUGGUUGACAAGCCCCGAGUUCGGGCAGCACGCAGGCCGGGAAAUACGAAACGCCUGACAUGGAUCCAGAACAUCCUACACCUGGAACUUGUAGUGGUUGUGACAAACCCAUCGACAGUGAGACAGAUGGAAAUUUAAUCAACUUCUCUGGGAGUCUGUAUCACGCCGACUGCUUUACCUGCUCCUGCUGUCGUGUUCCCAUCGACUACGAGAACAGUGUGGUGCUGUUAGGUGAAAACGGCAAGGCUCUGUGUGUCAACUGUUCCUUUAAAUGUAAACUUUGCGGCCAGCCCAUCCUAGAAGAGGCCAUUACAACGGGCGACGAUACAUUUCACAUGGCCUGCUUUCGUUGUCAGGCCUGCGGGAAAGCAAUAGAAGACUUAUCCUUCACGCAGGUGGAUGAUUGCUGUUCCUCGGUUUGUUUUAGACACUAUUGUGCAUGGGAUGUCACUCUGAACAAGCUCGAGGCAGCGGCCGUACGUCACCGAAUCGGUUAUCGACUCAAGAGAGUGCUAUUCGAAAGGAGAGCAAUGUGGACGCUACCGUUCCAGAUGUGUCUCGCGGCGAUGUCAGUGGUGGAUCGUCCGUGGCAGAGCUCGGCAAUAACAUAAGUAGUAAUGAAUACAUAAUCCAGCUGGAGCACGAACUUGAGGAAAGAAGUCGACAGCUGUCUAAAUGUGAGAACGAUCUUCAGAGAAUCAAGAAUACCAGUAAAAAAGCCUUAGAAGAGUUUAAAAAGAUCAACGAAUCGUAUCAAAAAGAGGCUCUUCGACGGCAGCAGGCAGAAACGCACAUUGCAGGAUUGCGGAAUGAACUGUCUAGUAUGAUUCAGGCGGAUGCCAGACGCGCUAGGAUCGAGGAAAACAUCCUAAGGUUAAAUCAAGAAGUGAAAUUCCUGCUGUCUCAGCGAUCGACUUUGGAGGAUGAUAUUCGUCAACUCAGUGGGAAAAAGGAAGCUCUCUCCAUUGAAGUCGGGCAUUUAUUGGAGAAUAAGCACUCCUCGUUGGCAGAUGGAGGCACGGCUGAAACUGCGGACCCUCACGCAGACCUCAAAAAAGAGCUUGAGCAAAUCAAAGCCCGGUUUUUUGAAGAAGUGUCAAACCUGCAGCAAGAGCGCGACGUAUUGCGACAGGAAGUGGAGACACUUCGGUCAACACGUGAAGAUCACUUCAACAAUAUAUCUCGGCUAAUAGAAGAGAACAAGCAGCUGGAAGUCCGCCACGACCAGAUAACGAAGCAGUUAGUUGCCUCCGCAGAUCAUGUGCAAGCGGUGGACUCUAUAUUGUUGCCUGAACCAGGGAUGUACCCACAAAUGGAGGAACUGGAAAGAACAGUUUCGACAGAUGAAUUAGGAGCUAAAUUGCCACCCGCACCUCCGCCGAGAACGACCACACGUCCAUUAGGUCCCCGGCAGGAUUCACGGGGCGACACAAUCUACCAGCCCCCACGCAAGGAGGAGGCAGUAGAUCUCUCUGCGCCGCCGCCCGUGCCAAAAAAAGAUAAAUGGAAGAAGGAAUGGAAGACAAAUCUGAAGGCAACAAAGACAAAGCUAAAGAAAGCUAUUCCACAGAGCAAGACUCAUACGGGCGAGAAUGCCGAUGCUGUUGGUGGAUCAACCACGGGACUGCUUUCUUACGGCCACGGCAUGUUCAAGUUGGGUUCAAAGAAGGCCAUGUCGAAGAGCGAUGGCGAUCUUUCACAGAUCGGUUUUUCACCAGCAAAAGGUGACAAAAGUGCCCAUUCUUUCCAACUACAUUCCUACCGCUCGCCUCGGAAGUGCGACUUUUGCCAUGAUACCUUGUGGGGCAAAGAACUGCGUUGUGAGGCUUGCGGUUACCAUUGUCACCAAAAAUGCUCCCCGCAGGUCAUAGGUCAGUGCUUUUCCAGCAAUGUCGCUACGGAGAGCGAUCAAAGAUUAACAGGCGAAAGCGGAGUUGUUGUUUUCGGCACUGAUCUCGUGAAAUUGCUGGAGAUAGAAGGCGGCAGAGUUCCCAAUGUCGUGACAGCCUGCAUAGCGGCAGUGGAGAUGCGAGGAAUGACUUUUGAGGGAAUAUAUCGCAAAUCCGGGCCCCUCACGCAAAUCAAUAAGAUCAUUGCAAGCAUAAAUAGAGGCGAAGUGCCUGACCUUACAAGCGACGAGAGCGAUAUUGAUAUAAUGGCUGUUACCUCCGUCCUCAAGCAGUUUUUUAGAGAGUUGCCGGAACCUUUACUUGUUUCUUCCCUUUACGCAGACCUCACAGGUGUUAUGAAAAGCACAGAGGACGACGAAGCUCGCUUGCCGAAGAUAAUCGAGCUCCUCCGAAGACUACCCCCCGCACAUUUCACAACCCUAUCCUACCUAAUUAUGCAUCUUCACAGAGUACAGCAACACAGCAGCGAGAAUCUCAUGACACCUACAAAUUUGGGCGUAGUAUUUGGGCCAUCUCUCGUUCGACCAGCGCAUGAAGAGAUGCAACUCGACAUGGCUGAAUCGAGCGCGAAAAAUGCACUUGUAGAGUUCUUUGUAAGGCAUGCUACAGAACUGUUCCCUGUGGCCGAAGUUGAAACUCCAGAACGGACAGCUUCGACAGUUUCAUUCGUGGAUGCCCCUGUCGCGGACGACGAGACGUUCAACGGACUCGAUCAACAAGUGCCCUAGAUCUGUUCCAUAGCUAUAAUUCACUCGCAUUUCCAUGCUAAAAAUUUGAAUUUGUUCAUGUCAUGAACAAUCCUCGCUGGAGUACAAUCAUGGCCAGUUCAUGUUAGUGGUUUCCUACAGCAGAUGCAUUCGAGGGAACGGCAGGACUCAGCAGAAUAAUAGUUCACUGUACAAAUUCCAUUAAAAAAGUCCAGAGAGAAG